AUGACCGUCGCUGACUUUGGGAGGGCCAGCCAGGGCACCUGCGUGGGCGGCAGAACCGCUAGCAGCAAACACACCUUCAUCACAAUCCGGCCGGCCGGCCCAGAACAUCACGGCUGCGAGUUGCUGAUGUUGCCGCACAAGGUCCCGGCAUGGCCGUUGGUUUUUGGGAGGGCCAACCAGGGCACAUGCGUGGGCGGCAGAACCGCUAGCAGCAAACACACCUUUGUCACAAUCCAGCCGACCGGCCCGGAACAUCACGGCUGCGAGUUGCUGAUGUUGCUGCACAAGGUCCCGGCAGGGCCGUCGCUGACUUUGGGAGGGCCAACCAUGGCGCAUGUGUGGGCGGCAGAACCACUAGCACCCAGCACCACGAGAAGCAGCAUCCGAUUGCAAAGAGACAUCCGUCUCCUGAGUCAGAGCCUGCAGGAAGAAAGGGGUACGACUUCUGGUUGGGCCACGAAGCCCGCUUGGCGUUAA